AUGAGCCAGCAACACCCCUGGGGCGCCCCGAGACAAUCCCAAAGCACACGCCUCGCUCCCAUCUCCACGGCCUUUGCCCACGACCACGACCUCCACCAGCACCAGCACCAGCAGCGCAAUCCAAGCACCCCCUCGCCCAACCCCUCGCGCCACGCCCAAUCGCCCGCCACUGCACACUUCCCCUCGCUGCCGCCCGCCUCGUCCUCAACGUCGUCGCCCUUUUCGCCCGCAGGACAGCAGCUCCCCGCCAGCCAGCUGCUGUCCUCCCGUGGGUCCAGGACCAUAGCGCCCCAAGCUGCAUCGCACCUGGCUUCCUCCGCCGCAGCCGCUACUCAGGGCGCCAGUGCACAGUCAAACAGCGGCGGAGGAGCCUCCAAGCUGGUCCGCGCCUCGCCCUCGCUCUCAGUCUCGAGCACCACCGGCUCCCCCAGCACCUCGGCCCACUCGUCUGCCGCCUCGUCCCAGAACCUCUCCCGCAUCGUCAUCGCACAGAUAUUUCUCCUGCUUAGCCAAUUCGGGCCAGUCAAGGACGACAAGGACCGCGCCAAGUGGGACACGCAAACCGAGCAGAUCAGGAAGCUCGUAGACACAAACGGCAUGGAGGUCUUUACAAAGUACUUCCGCCGUGUGCUGCAGAACAAUGCAGCCACCAUCUUCGGCUCUGGCGCACGCAAUGCCGACCCCAAUGGCAGCUACCAGAUCCUGCUCACCGAAGUGCACAAGAUACGGAAGGAUCCCGAGCAGGCUGACAAGAUUGCAGAGUCCAUCAGCACCAGCGAGGGUGAUCUGUUCCGUGACUUUGAUCUUGCCACGUUUAUAUCUCAUUUCAAACUAGAUGCGGUUGCAAAGACAAUGCUGGCGCUCGCCUGCAGGAAGACAGAUCUGCGGCCCAAAGCCGACGCGGUUCUAUCUACCAUAGGCGAUGACUUACUCAUGACCAUCGCGCAGCCGACCCAACCAGACGACAUGAAUCAUGAAUAUCUCGCCGCACUCGUCGAACGCCUCCUCCAGGACCCACCACCAGGCUGGGAUGAAGAGAAGAAGAUGAGCCUCGCUUACGCUGUCCAGAUGCGAUAUCAGCAGACACACCAACAGAUACCGGGCAUCGUCGAAUCAAAGUUGAUACUCGUCGAGCUCACUGACGGGGCGCGUAACCCUCUUGUCAAACUAGUCAAGCAGGCAGGGCCCCAAGGCACAGCUACGGUCGAGGCAUGCAAAGAAGUGCUUGCAUCGGCUGAGACACGCGACAUUAGCUACCAGCAAGUUGCCGCGGUUCUACUCUACCUUGCCCUUUCGACCGGAUACAAUGCGAAGAAUUUUGUAGCCGCGCUACGUGAGCAUCGGACGGGACAGCGAAUAGACUGGCAAGACGUAGUACUUGCCUUUGACCGAGAUCACCUUCGCAUCGAGCGACAUCAAUUCCUGGCCAUCUACAACGCAUUGCUUCCCGUAGCGCAAGAGAAUGAAAAAUUCGACAUACAGGCACUCUGGGGAGGUCAAUGGCAGCAUGACUUGACGCAGCUGUAUUUCGUAGUGGCUUUCCUGUCAUCCACAAGACAGGAGCUGGACGUGACUCAGAUCCCCAGGCUCCGCACAUCGUACUCGAUGAAGACAUUUGAAGGGGCUUCAGAGGAUGCAAGAGCCUUUGCCGAGGAGGCCGUUAGACAUCCAUUUGUUUCGCUGGACGCAACGGCAGCUCUUUUCAACAUGAUCUUUCAGACCUCAGAGACGUACCAUACGGCUCAGCUGAUGGGCAUACCUGACUUGGUGAUCAACCCCCACACAGCAGAGUUCCUCGUAGCGGCAGCAGCAGUCCCAAAGCCAUGGGGAGCAUUGCAAGAGCAAGCAUUGAAGCAGCUGUUUGAUCCUUAUUUUCACAAGAAGCUACCCAUCUACAAUUUUGUCCUUUACGGCUUGUGGCAACAGGAUAUCCAAUGGCUCGUGGACCGCUUUGUUGAUGCAUACAACGCCGACUCGAUGACCCUCACUCUGAUCCUGGAGCAUGCCGAGACGAACAACUGGUUGGAGCCACUGAUCCGCAGUAACACUGAUAUCAGCCUGGACUUGGCUGCACAGGCACACGCACGUGGGAAAUUCGAGCUUGAGCCCUGGCUACAGCAGACAUUCGAUCAAGCUGGGCCACUCUUCCGUCGCAUUCUGACCAACUUUCUCAGUGCGCGGGCAGGUGAAGAGAUGCAACGCCUCCGAGAUGACCAUCAACCUCUUAACCUACCCCUAGCAGUGAAGACGGUCUACCCACUCCUUUGGUUCCUUGCAGAAUGCGGUCUACCUGAGCAGGAAUUACUCCCCCUUCAACGAAACUGUAUUCAGGCCUAUCCUCGCCUGAUCAACUAUGGCGAGGGCGUGGACGACGUCAUCGACGCCAAUGGUCAAAAUGGCAACGCACUUCCUGAAGAAGCCGACAAGAAGAUGCAAGAGCAUUUUAAGAACAUGUACAGCGGCGACAGCGAUGUUAGAGAUAUCAUCUCCGCUCUGAAGAAGUACAAAGAAUCCCGCGAUCCUGCGGACCAAGACCUGUUUGCCUGCAUGAUCCACGGCUUGUUCGACGAGUACAACUGUUUCGGAGAGUAUCCACUUGAAGCAUUGGCGACGACUGCUGUGCUUUUCGGCGGUAUCAUCAACUUCAAUCUUCUGUCCCGCAUCGCACUUCAAGUUGGCUUAGCAAUGGUUCUAGAAGCUGUCCAAGAGUUCCGUCCUGAAGACAGUAUGUAUAAAUUCGGUCUUCAGGCUCUCAUUCACUUUUCGAAUCGGCUGUCUGAAUGGCCCAACUACUGCGACCAACUUCUUAUUGUCCCUGGACUUCAAGGCACUGAGAUUUAUGCUAAAGCUGAAGAAGUAGUAGGUCAGCAAGUCGGCGAAGUCAAUGGCGAGGGCCAUAACGGUAUGGGUAUGACCAACGGUAACGGUGUCGACGAGAAUCUCCACCAAGAGCCAGCUGUGCCCAAGUUCAGCUGUCUGUAUGUCGACCCGCCACUGCGCCCAGAACUAUACGAGGACCCAGAUGAAGACGUUCAGGACAAGGUCUUGUUCGUACUGAACAACGUGUCUGAGCGUAAUCUCCGCGACAAGAUCAACGACUUGACUGAAGCCGUUGAGGAGAGACAUCAUCAGUGGUUCGCCAACUACCUCGUUGAGGAGCGUGCAAAGAUGCAGCCCAACUUCCAACAACUGUAUCUUGACAUGCUUGACCUGUUUAAUGACAAGAUGCUCUGGGCCGAGGUUCUUCGAGAGACAUAUGCCAGUGUUGUUCGCAUGCUGAACACGGAUUCUACCUUGGGAUCUACCGAACGUGGCCACCUGAAAAACCUGGGUUCGUGGCUCGGAUCCCUGACCAUAGCCCGCGACCAGCCAAUCAAAUUCCGCAACAUUUCAUUCAAGGAUCUGUUGCACGAAGGUUACGAUUCAGAUCGCCUCCUAUUGGUGAUUCCGUUCACCUGCAAAGUAUUGGUACAAGCUGCGAAGUCGACAAUUUUCAAGCCUCCCAACCCAUGGUUGAUGGAGAUGCUGGGUGUGCUUAUGGAGCUAUAUCACUUUGCUGACCUGAAGCUCAACCAAAAGUUCGAGAUUGAAGUUCUCUGCAAAGGCUUGGAGCUCGACCACAAAGACAUAGAGCCAACCAACAGCAUCCGAGGACGGCCGCCAGUUGAUGAAGAAUUCCUUGGGUCCAUGGUGACAGAUGGCAUGGAGGCCUUUGGCGACCUUUCUAUCAUGAGCCUCAACCGUGGCGCACGUGGGCCCAAUGAACGCUUCUCUUCAGCAGCAAUGACGGCUGCUCUGCCCGAUUUCACCAACCAGCUUCAAUAUCCGCCUUCUGGAAAUAGCGCGGUUCCGCCAGCGACGCUCAAAAAGAUUUUCCUUACUGCAGUCAAUCAGGCUAUACAGGAAAUUAUUGCUCCCGUAGUUGAACGCUCCGUUACCAUUGCCGCAAUCUCGACGUCGCAGCUGAUCAACAAAGACUUUGCCAUGGAACCCGAUGAGGAGAAGCUUCGCAAUGCAGCACACACUGUUGUCAAAGCUCUUUCCGGCUCUUUGGCUCUUGUCACCUGCAAAGAACCCCUCCGUAUGAGUAUCCAGAAUAACAUCCGCCUCACAGCUAGGGAUCUUCCCGAUCAGGGAUUGCCAGAGGGACAUAUCAUCAUGUUUGUCAACGACAACCUUGACCUGGUCUGCAACACAGUUGAGCAGGCAGCUGAAAUGUCAUCCCUCGCUGAAAUUGAUAUGCAAAUUGAAGAAGCCGUCCGUAUACGUCGCAUGUUCCGUAGCUCUCGUCCAAAUGAGCCCUUCAAGGAUGCAAACAUCAGUCCAUGGGCAUUCUACAUUCCGGAGCCAUAUAGACAAAUGCCUGGCGGUUUGAAUAGGGAGCAGUUGGCCAUCUAUGAAGACUUUGGCAGGCAGUCGCGAGGGGCGCCACACGUUAACAACACCUCUCAAGAUGGCGGUCGACAACUCCCAGAUGUCCUCCAAGACCAAUUUGCGGCGGUACCAAAUCUUCCAACCCCAGGUGCUGCACCAGCUGAGCCACGACAGCCGGCCCAGCAACAACCCAGGCUACAGAGUCUUCAAGCACCCCAUGCAGUGCUGACUCAGCAACAGCCUAACGGGUACAUGGACGCUCCUGGCCUUGAGCGGGGCCAGCGUGGCGUAGAGGACCUCCUUAUUGAGUUGACCCGCGUCAUCAAAGAGGCACCAGAGGAGCGUAUAACAGACCUCCAACCUGGUAGCAGCAGUGUCCACCAAGUCUUUGACCAGCUCAUCUCAAGCAUCGAGUUCGCCGGUCCUAACAAAGAGACAUGGGCAUUCCGUAUCGCUGGACAAGUCACGAACCACCUCUUCUCUGACUCCUUGAGUCGCCUGGAGGUCGAAGUUAUGGCUCAUUUAUUGAGCCAUCUGUGCCAACUUUCCGUCCAGACGUCACGACAAGUGCUGAUGUGGUUGGCCACUCUUCAUGACGACGACCGUAUUUUCAAGGCUACAGUCAUGGUGGCCCUUAUGGAAGUCAACCUCAUGGAUAUGCACCGCUUAAACACGACAAUCGCCAAGGCCAUUCAAGAACGGCAUGUCGCUGCAGUAGAGAUGCUGUCAAGUCUGAUGGAAGAACUCUUGCUCAAUGAGCACCCGAGUGCUUUCCGUGCCGACUUUGCCAUGUCCAUCGACGCUCUCACUAUUUGGCUAGCAGAAGACUCUAGCUUCGAGCUUGGAAAGCGUGUCAUUGCCAACUUGCAAGCGUCGCCCAAUGAGCAGUCACUGACACCACCGGCAUCUAGCCACAAAGAUCAGCUCGAGUACGUCUUUGACGAGUGGGUGCAUCUUCAGAUGGAAAACAUGCCAAAGAAAACCGUUGGUGCUUUCAUCUACCAGCUCCACCAACAGAAGGUGCUGGAGACUCAGGAAUCUUCAGUCGCGUUUCUUCGCGCUUGUAUUGAUGCCUCUGUCAUCGCAUAUGAGCAGGAACACUCAUCCCCAUAUGGAAGUGGCAACGAAGACAUUGCGACAGUCAAGGUCGAUGCCCUUGGGCGGCUCAUCGUCGACCUUCUUGUCUAUCAAGGUGAACAAGAGGGUGCCACCAAGAAGAGCAAAGCGAGAUACUUGGAUCAGAUGCUCGUCGUCGUAGUGCUCGUCCUUUGUAACCACCACACCACCCGAGAAGACGCCUUCAACCAAAAAGUGUUCUUCCGUCUAUUCUCGACGAUUCUUUUCCACCUGAACGAUGCAGUAAAGGAAGAGUCGUUGGCAGAACAAAAGGCAGACAUCUUCCUUGCAGUCGCCAAAGCUCUUUUGAUCGUUCAGCCCUCCAAUAUUCAGCGCUUUGCCUUUUCAUGGCUCGCAUUGGUUGCACAUCGUAUAUUUGUGCCUGCCAUGCUGGAGGAGGGUCAAGACGACAAGCGUUGGGAUAUUUACGCUCAGCUUGUGGAGACGCUCUUGAUCUUCACUGGAAAGCUGAUCAAGCCUACUGGAGAAACUAUCAUGACCCAACAGUUCUACCGCGGCGUUCUGCGCGUGUUGCUGGUCAUCCACCAUGACUUCCCCGAGUUCCUGGUCGAGAACCAUUUCAGGUUCUGCAACAGUAUUCCAAUGCACUGCACACAGCUCCGUAACCUGAUUGUCAGCGCAUAUCCAUCUACCAUCCUCGAAAUGCCAGAUCCAUUCACUGCAGGAUUAAAGGCAGACCGCCUCGAGCAUGAUCUUCAAGCUCCCGUCAUCCGUACCGAUAUCGAGCAGAUGCUCUCAGACGCAGGCAUCAAGAAUGCCAUUGACAAUCUCCUGAAGGACUCUGAGCUGAAGGACGAGGAUGUCGACGUGGUCGCCUGUGCGGUGUAUUAUGCAGAACCCAAACCUGCAGGCUUUGAGCUCGUCUCAACGACAGCCAAUCCAGCGCUGAUACAUGCAAUCACAUUGUAUGUUGGCAUAUCGACUCUUGGUACAGGAUCAGCUACGGUGCCAAUCUUUGAUGCAGAGAGCCCAGCCACCAAGCUCAUUGAAAGGCUGGCCAAGGACUUCCACCCAGAGGCCAGAUUCCACUUCAUCAGCGCCAUCGCGAACCAAUUGCGCUUCCCAAACACGCAUACUCACUUCUACAGCUAUGCGCUGCUGCACCUUUUCGGACCCCCAAGCGAAGACUCGCUGGCAUCGGAGAUUCAAGAGACCAUCACCCGUGUAUUGUUGGAGCGCCUGUUGGUUCACCGCCCGCACCCAUGGGGCCUCAUCAUCACGCUACUGGAAAUUCUAAAGAACCGCACAUAUGCAUUCUGGGAGCUGCCGUUCGUGAAGGCGGCGCCUGAAGUUGAACGCCUUCUCAACGCUCUCUUCACGCAUGCUCAACAGAGCCCACGCCCAAUAGCUUAG